GUGCGAAACGGUUCAUUUCACAUCAAAACUCGCUUCCGCCAAACGAGAAGCUUUCUGCCGUCGCUCUCCUGUGUGUCCUCUCUGUGUGUGAACGAGUGGGUGUGUGUAUGUUGGAAUGUGCCAUAGAUAGAGAAAAAUUUAAUCAUUGAAUUAAAUAGCGACCACUGCAACUGGAAUAUCAGCAUUAGCAUUAGCAUCAGCGUCAGCAUCGAAACAUUUGAUUUCUGUGUGAAAGUGGCAGAGGGAUAGAGUGAAAGAUAGAGUGAUAGAUAGAACGCUAGAGCGUAGCACGAAGUGGUGUUGCUUUUGUUGCCUUUGUUGCCACACAUUUGUACACCCACACAACACACACACACACCCACACCCACACAUACUCGUACGAGCACGCUUUUGGGGUGGUGAAAGUGAAAGUGACGCCCCAGCGAAACACUAUACGGAGGCAGCCAGCGUUCGGCUUGUGAAAAGCAGAGAAAAAAUAAUGCUACUCUCGUAAUGGUAUAAUAUUUAGCAUCGGAUAUGGACCAAUAUAUGACCAAUCCGCUCUGAGAUACAUAUACUGUAAUAUGUAUCUGUGAAUAACUAUCUAAAAGAGCGAGAGGGGCCCGUAGACGAAUAUUUACAUUGCAACAGGUAAGUACAACACGAUGAUGGCGAUGUGGCAGGGCCCAGGGUCCACUUAGCUUUAACAAACAUUACUAUUGCGACAAUUCAGGUACGACAUUGAUUACAUUUCUCCCUUUUGAAUUCCACUUUUGCCCUUUCAAUGUGCAUGCCAUGCCCCACCACCAACCAGCACCAUCUCCCCUAUAUAGAACAACUUUUCCCGAAGUAUGCAACAAUCUUUUGCAAGGCUGCUGCUGCUGCCACGCCCCAUCCCUACCCUAUAUUUGAUGUUGUUUUGUGAAGAAUACUUACUCGUGCAAGACCCUAUGUUGGCCUGUUGGCCUGUUGUGGUAUUGUCCUUGUCCGAUGGCAUUUCCGGAUGCCAUGCCGUUUGCCUGGGCAGGGCGCCUAUUGCCUUUUGCCUUUAUGGUAAUUGCAUUUUAUUUGCGAGUUAGCUAUGCUCAAGGACGCACACGGAGCAGGUGCCACACGAACGGCUGGCGCGAUGGAAUGGCGAUGGCAGAAGUGCCAGGAGCAGGACCAGGACCAGGAGCUGGAGCAUGGCGGGCGCAGACGCGUGUCUGUGUUGAGGCCGGAUAUUUGUGGGGACUUUUGGAAGUGGAAGGGAAUUACAAUUUAAUUACCUGCCAAGCCACGCCACCGUUCCUGGCCUGGCCUGGUCUCAAAGGAUCAAUAGAGACUUUCGUACUGUACCUCGCUGCCCCCCCUGUAUGAGGAUAUAAUGAGGAAUUAUUUAUAGAAUUUUUCAAUUAACUUUCCGCCGAUGAUGCUAAAGCCUGCCUCUCGCACGCACAUCCUCUGUGUCUGUGCGUGUGUGUGUGCCUCUUGUGAUUGUGUGAUUGCAGUAAACCCAAAUGCCAGAGGCGCUGAUACUACUCGGCAUGGCUGACGCAGAGCCGGACCUAUCGACGUUCGAGAACAAAACGGGACUGGCCGAGGACAUGAAGUUCCUCGCCUCCAUGCCGGAGCUGUGUGAUGUAACCUUCCUGGUGGGCGACACCCGAGAGCCCGUCUGUGCCGUUAAGGCCGUGCUGGCCUCCCGUUCCCGAGUGUUUGCGAAAAUGCUUUAUGCGGCGCCAUCGCCGCAGCGUAAGCGGGAGACCUCCACGAAGGAGAACAAGCUGCGGCUCUUCCUCAAGCGUUCCUCGGAGCCGCUAUUGAAUCUACAGAAUGCCGCACAACAGAGAACCGGUUUCACCCAACAAUUAGCUCCGAUAACCGAGCCCACAGGCCAGCAGCACCAGACGCUGAUCAUUGAGGAGUUUGAGCCAGAUGUCUUCCGCCAGCUCAUCGAGUACAUACACACAGGCUGCGUGACCCUGCAGCCCCGCACCCUGCUGGGCGUGAUGAAUGCCGCCGAUUACUAUGGCCUGGAGGAGCUACGUCGCGCCUGUGCAGGAUUCGUGCAGUGCUGCAUCAACGUGGACACCGUUUGCGCCCUGCUGGCCUCCGCCGAGCGCUAUAUUCAGUACAAAUGCACAAAGACCCUGGUGCAGAAGGUGCUCGAGUUCGUGGACGAGCAUGGGACGGAGGUGCUCAAUCUGGGGAGCUUCACACUUCUGCCGCAGCAUGUGGUGCGCCUGAUCCUGGCCAGGGAGGAGCUGCGGGCGGACGAGUUUACCAAGUUUCAAGCGGCGCUUAUGUGGAGCAAAAAGUAUUACGACAACAAUCCUAACAUUGACAUCAAGGAGAUAUUGGGCACCUUCCUGGAGUACAUCCAGUUCCACAAGAUACCCGCCAAUGUGCUGAUGCGGGAGAUCCAUCCGCUGAGCCUGGUGCCCUACGCGAUCAUCAUGAAUGCUUUGGCCUACCAGGCAGACCCAGAAAGCAUCGACCCCGGAAAGCUGUCUCCCAACUCUAGCCGACACCGCCACCGCCACCACCACCAGUCCCUGCCGAAGAUCCGCAAGGCCAAGUCGCAGUCGUUCCGCUCGCGACGCAGUCCCUCUGAACGGCGCAGCCCCAACCUCACCCUCAACACCACCUCGGCUGGGGCCAGUAGCGAAAAGAAGCGAAGUCCUCUCACACCAAAGAGUCCGGUGCCAGCGGAAAUGGAAUCAAAGAGUCCGGGCAGCGGUUCAUCGAAAACGCCCACCACACUCUCGCGUCAGGGUACACUAAGGGCCUCCAGCCGGCGGAAGAAUAGCGGACAACUCUCAAUCUCUUUGGGCACCCAAGGCCGGUCCCGAAGUCCCGUGGCCACCAACGAUCGAAGUCCCCAGGGCAGGCGCAGUCCGCUCUUCCCCGGCAGCAGCAGCGGCCUCCGAUCCCCUAACGACCAGCCCAGUCCCACUGCCAGAAGUCCAACGGGAGAGCCUCGACGGAGCAGUCCCACCUUCAGCGUUCACACCCAGGAGCGUCGCUCGCCACUGGGGGCCACUGCGCCCACGGAUUUCGGCUGCCAGACGGGCUUUCCGGGAACCCGGAGGAGUCCCACUUCCACGGUCCACGUGCAGGACAUGGCCACGGAGCCGGAGGAGGCGGGCUUUGUGGGAAUGAAGCGACCCUCGAUCGGCCUCUUCACGCCGAUCUACUUCGCCAGCGAGAAGCGGUCCCCCAUGGGCAUGGGACCCAUUCCGCCGAUCCACGUUUCCAAUCCAGCCGAGACCCACAAGAGCGCGGAGCGGGAGAGGGAGGCAGCCGAGGCAGCUGCGCGGGAGUUGGAGCGAGAGAGGGAGAAGGAGGCGGCGCAGUCGCUGCCGCAGGUGCAGGAGAAGAAGAGCGUCAUGCGGGAGAUCCUGGCCUUUGUGCGAAAGCCUUCGAAGGUGAUGACAACGCGCACGAACCGCUUCGCCAACGCCUUCACGCGCGCGGAUUCGGGAUCCUCCAGCGGACCUCUGAUCCGGCAGAGCACAUUCUCGGCCAGUCCGGCCCCCUCGUCCACCGCCUCCAAGAGUGCCGUUCAGAAGCAGAUGUCAGAGGUGGGAUUCGAGCCGAAGAUGUCCCUUAAAUUCGCUCACUAUACGAAGAUGAGCCUCAAGCUGCGCCGAUCCGCCAAGCGGGAUGAGGAGGAGAAGCAGAAGCAGCAACAGCAGCAGCACCACCAACAGACAGGUAGCUCGGCCUCGGGAUCGAAGCGUCCCAGCGCGGACUCCAAUGCGGGGAUAAUGGAGCAGGUAGGUGGCUCAGGAUCUGCAUCAGCAUCAGCCUCAGGCGAGGAGCUGCCAUUCGAGCUGGCCAACGUCCACUUCGAGAAGGUAGGUGAGUCCUAUAUCAAGCAUGAGCGACUCCGAGAGCUAGUCGAGCCAGACCAGGAGGCGCAGGCGAAAAGAGCAGCUGAAUCCGAGUGCAAGGUCGGUCCAGAUGUCGAGCCGGAGCAGACGGAUGCCGCCAUGGCGCAGUUCGUCGAGGAAGUGACCAAUUCCCUCAAGGUGGUGGCACUAAACGGAGAUGGAGGUGCAGCAGUGGUGCACCACUUCACGCGCCGCUCGGAGAGCCGGGAGCCCAUCGAGCCGCGGAUCAGCGAAGAGCACGAGUCGGACUCCAACGACCUGAUUAUUCCGGAGGAGCUGCGCGCCGAGCUAGUAGAGAUCUUGAAGGCCUAUGCGCCAGAACCAGUUUAUGUUAAUCUGCAGGCGCUGCGGCGCGAAACGGAUGAGGUGGAGGCGGCCGCCCAGGCUGUGGCAGAGGCGGCAGCCUCUGCCCCGCCCGUGAAGCAGCCGCUGCAGUGUCCUACUAUUGAGUUUGAGCCGCCAUCGCGACGAUCUUCCUUCGACCCGCCGCGCUCGCCUUUCCUCGAGCAGCUGCGCAGCCCCGGGGGGGACACGGACACGGAUCUGAUCAACCUCCAGCGGCUGGACUCGGGCGGCGACAGCUUUGAGAUGGUCGAGGGCGAUCGCAAGUCGAGCCGCGCCGAGUCCAGCUUCGACUGUCCGUACUCAUCGCGCGACACCAGCUUCGAUGUGUCCAUAUCGCGGUACCAGUCCACCAGCUAUGAGGACCAGACCUCCAGCUUCGAGAUUGUGGACACGGACGAGCGCCACCGGCGUCCCGUGGACUUGCGCAAGAGCUCCAUCGAGCUGGUCGAUGCGGAGACAUUCCAGCGGUCGGGCUCCUCCUGCGGCAGGAAGUCCUCGCUGGAGACGCACUUCGACUACACGCCCUCAGAGACGAGUGGCGUAACGCCCGCCCGCUCGCCCAACUUCCCGCUGAUGACCAAGAAGCAAAAGGCCGAGACCUUCCGCCAGCUGCACAUCUCACCCUUCAGUGCCUUCUCGCGAGCACGCAGUCCGCUCUCGCAGCAGACCUCAUCGAACUACAGCUCGCGGGACAGCUACGACUCGAGCUCCUCGUACCAAGGUGGACCCAGCCACGGCCAUGGGCACGGACCGUAUGCCGAUCCCAGCCGGAAGCACUUCCCGCUCACAAUCAAGCGCGAUCAGCGCGAGGAGGAGGUCAAGACCUUCCUCUGCACCGACCAGCGAUGUGCCUCCAUCUUCGAGCCGCGGCCCAGCUCUGUGCUUACCCAGCAGCUGUCCACGGGAUCAAUGUCCACCCCCUCGGGCUACACCAACGGUACGCCACGCAUUCCCAGCACCGUAGGCACUGUGCCAACUGCUGCCAUGCCCCCCGGAGGGCAGCUUCACAGCUGCGGUUUUUCCAGCGGCAGCGAGUUCGAGCCACCAUCGCCACGUCGCGCGGCCAGUGCCUCGCCCAAGCACACCUUCACGUUCCGCAUUGUGAUGAAGAAGGUGGAUAGUUCGCCGGAGGCGCUGUGCCCGGAAAGGCACCGGUCCCGCAUCAUCGAUCGGUACCGGCGACGCGACAGUCGACGUAAGCGCAUCCAUGAGGCGGGCAAGAGCUUUUAAGAGGGCUCUUAGGCCGUGGCGUUUUAGAUAGAAUAGAAUAGAAUGCAAUUUUUUGAGUACUUUGUUUAGUUUAACCACGGUGAACCUCAUGAGAAUUCAUUGCGGCAAUGCUCUAUAUAUAUCUUCUUGGAUAUGUUUUUGACAAUCUCAAUGUUAUCUCAAGCUAUUUAAAUUUUAAAACUCAAAAACAUCGCAUUUCAACUUUGUGGUGCGUCUGUAGGAUUAAGUGAAAAUCAAACUCAAGGCGUUCAAUAAUCAAACUUUAUAAAAUGGUUCUGGUUUUAGGCCGUUUCAAAGCUCUACCCAACAGGUACUUCGGCCAAACCGAAGCCAGCUAUACAUACCUCCUCCAUUAGAGAAGGGAAACCACUUAUGAUCUCUACCGAUUUAUCUGAAUAUUUGAAAAACUAAAGAGAAACCAAGAAAGCCUCCCCCCAUUUGGAGGGUUGGAGUUGGAUCCACUGAAAUCAGUAAAGAAAUAGUUGAAUAGAAAUUGUUAUUCUAAAUGAUCUACAAAUGUAUGUGAAACAAUAAUUCCUCCCACGAUUUACCUGAUUACUAUUUAAAACAAUAGGUCAAACAUUUAUUAUAUAGUAUUAAAUGAUAUAUAUAUACAUAUAUAGAGUGCGUACGUGGAUGUCGUACGUAUUUGGAUAGAGGUUCAAACUUUGAUGUUGUAAUUAUUGUGGAAAACCAAAACAUACGAUAAGAUAUUUGUGCAUUUUUACGUGGUUCCUGUUAUAUACGUAUAGCUAUAGGAUAUACCUACAUAUACAUACAUAAAUAUAUACAAAUAUAGAUGUGUGCGAGUAUUACACAUUCUGGAUGGUAUAGUAUACCCCAUAAAAAACCAUACAAAAGAUUGUAUCCUUAAGAUCUAAACGCUAUAUUCUAAAUGUAACCGAACUGCGCGGCUAUUGCAAGAGGUGACCUCAUUACCUAUUAUUUUGUUCAGUCUCUGAAAAAAAGAUCAGAGCACAGUGGGAUUAUACGAUACGAGUAUAUAUGCGCAUGCCUGUAUACAUAUGUAUUAAAAGCUGGAUUUGGGGCCGUACUUAAAUCUUAAAAAAAUUAGAGAAAAGAGAACGACAGAGGAAACUCCUCGCGUAUUAUCAAAUGAAUAUUUACUCAUAAUGUUAAACUUUGAGCAAGAUUUUUGGACUCUAUGUUUGUUAGUUAAACAAAAACAAAACCAAAAGAAACAAAAUGGAAUAUAAAAAUUGAGAAAAGGAAAUCCUACAUCUAAGCAAUCCGAGUAUCAUUAUUUACAAGAUAUUUACUAUACAUAUACAUAUACAUAUACAUAUAUUAUGGUUAAGCGAUACGAUAUGGAUGUUGUUGGCUUUUUAGCAAGUCGAAGAAAGAUAUCAGCAUUUUACAGGUAAUUACGCAUUAUGAGCAUUUACUUCUAACCAACCACAACACAUACUACAAUAUACAUAUUUGUAAGCUCGUAUAUGGUAAAUAUGUAAUCGUAAAGUACAUCCAUCGGCAGCGACAGCAGCAAUCGAUCGCUAAAGCUUACACUCGAAACUCGAAACUAACCUGAAUGCCAGUAGAAUCGUUGCUAUUUUGAUUUGUAGUUGCUUGCUUUCGACUCUAAACUAAAACUAAAACUAAAUCGAUUCGCUAAACAGAUCGCUUGAACAGUUCUUAGCGUAGUGCUAUCGAUGCGGAUAUCUACCGAUUUUCAUUUGUGCCUCUGCAUGCUUGCGAGAGGCGUUUGUUGCCAUUCGGAUAUUCCAGAGCACCCAACUACAAUUUCACAAUGCGACCUUCUUCUAUUUGCAGAGCGGUUUUUUACAGUGUUACAGCCAUCGAUCGAUCGGAGGAGGAUCAGUUACAGUCACCCACGAA